AUGGAAUCUGUGAAAAUGGGUGGACAACAUGUACGAGUCAAAAUGGAUCAUUCGCAUGGAUAUAUUAUUUCAUACUGGGAGAAUACAACGGAGGGAUCAAAAGUUAUCACUGACUAUGUUACCAAUCUAUUCAAUAUUGAUGUAUCAGAUAUCUGGGCUUCAAAGCAAUCCUUCCAUAUAAUUCAACAUGUGAUCAGUAGACAAAAGACACCAUUGAGAUACGUUAGUUACUCGGACUCCAGUGCCACAUCAUCAGAAGAAAUGACAUAUAUUCUGAAAUUCUGUCGUCCUAUGUCUCAAUUAAGCAUGCACCUAAAACCUCCUCAAAACUUUCGGUUUACGGAAAAGUUUCCAAAAAUCGAUUGCUUAGAUAUUAGUGGAGAAUGGGUGACACUUGACAAUCUGCUGACAAUGGAUGGAAUCGAUAUUAUUCUCGGAUCAUCUACACUGACUAGUAGUGAUGUGAAUGUCUUUCUGAAACACUGGCUGUCUGGAGGGUGCCCGAGACUCAAGUUUUUCUUGACUAGAAUUGGUUCUGUGAAUAUGUUUCAAGUACUUGAUGGUCUCAUGCAUAACGCCGUUUUUGUGGAGAACAGUCGAGACUACACCAGCCCAUAUGGAUACAGCAGAACCUUGUCAGAUGGAUAUGACACCCAACGUGAGGAUGGUGUGACAGCUACAGUACACUAUCAACCACCGAGAACCUUAAUCAUUGCAGUUUGGCCAGAGACCACUUAUAAUUAUAAUUAA